GUGUGUUUCCUACAGAUGGAUCCAGUAAUGGGAACCCACCAGAGAGAUGUCCCCGUCCUCUGUAUUCCCGGGAUUCUACAAUGGAAGAUCAUAACUAUGUACAUCAUGAUCAGGGUGAAGAUCCGAAAGACAUCAAAGUUGAGGUUAAAGUGGAAAAAGAAGACAAGUCCGGGGAUCAGCAGUCUAUGGAGGAGGGAGAUCCUCUGUAUUCCCGGGAUUCUACACAGGAAGAUUACACCAUCCCUCACCAUCAUCAGAGUGAAGAAUGGAGUAAUAUAAAAGCUGAAGUUAAAGAAGAAGAAGUAGUAGAGACGUAUGUGGAGGGUGAUCAGCCGUGCAUGGAGGAGGUUGUGAUGAUUAUGAAGAGUGAAGAGGAAGAAAUUUCUCUCCCUGUCAACACAGAUGGAUGUGAUGUGAGGAAUUCCUUGGAGAGACAUCUUCUAUUAUCUGCUGAUUGUAAGUCAGAAGAUAAUGUCAUCACACAGGAUCCUCCAGGAGGAAAUCCAAAUACACAAAAUAUACAUCACAGACCUUCCUGUCCGGAGACAUCAAUGGAUCCCUCUGAUCAGGGGGAAUCUUCUCAUCAAUCACAUACUAUGAUUGCAUAUAUCUAUUUAAAAUCUCACACCGCAGAUAGAUCAAUAGAUUCUUCUAAUCCCAAGAAAUCUUUACCCAAUGAAGGAGAUCACCGAAAUGACAAUCUAUUCUCAUGUUCGGAGUGUGGGGCAUCAUUCACUGUAAAGAAAUUCCUUCUUUUACACCAGAGAAUUCACACGGGUGUGCUUCCUUAUUCAUGUUCAGAGUGUGGGAAAUGUUUUGCUUUUAAAGGAGACUUUUUAAAACAUCAGAAAAUUCACAGGGUUGAGUGUUCAGAGUGCGGGAAGUAUUUCAUAAAAAAAGCUGAUCUUGUUAUUCAUCAGAGAAUUCACACGGGGGAGCGUCCUUAUUCAUGUUCAGAGUGCGGGAAAUCUUUCACUAACAAAGCAGGUCUUGAUCAACACCAGAGAAGUCACACAGAAAAGCGUCCUUACUCAUGUUCAGAGUGCGGGAAAUCUUUCACUCGCAAACGAGACCUUGUUCAACACCAGAGAAUUCACACAGGUGAGCGUCCGUAUUCAUGUUCGGAGUGCGGGAAAUCUUUCACAUAUAAAGGAGUCCUUGUUAAACAUCAGAGAAUUCACACAGGUGAGUGUCCUUAUUCAUGUUCAGAGUGCGGGGAAUCUUUCACUCAAAAAUGGAUCCUUACAAAACACCAGAGAGUUCACACGGAGGAGCAUCCUUAUUUGUGUACAGAGUGCGGGAAAUCUUUUACUCAUAAAGGAGAUCUUGUUAUACAUCAGAGAACGCACACAGAACAGCGUCCUCCAUUGCCUUCGGAUUAAGGGAAAAGGUUUAUAGAUAAAAUAAAUCUACUUGGACAACAGAGGAAAUGCAGCUGCCGAUUCUUUGGACAAAUGUUUUUACUAGUGGAACUUAUUGAUCCAUAACACAACUGUUUAAUUUACAAAGGGGUGCGUCAUGGAAAAAGUGGUAUUCAGUUUAUAGGUGGAGAUGGUUGGCCGGGUCUUCGGCAAUGCUUGUAUUUUUUUCAGACUCCAAUGAUGUGCCUGCCACAGUUCCUGAUCCCCAAAUUUUUUUUUUUACAUUUUGCAAAUUUAAAGAGUGGUAGCCCUUCAUAAUCAGUUACUGGCGUACACAAAGAUAUAAGCAUGUCACAUAUUUUAAAGCCUCAGAUUUUCCAAGAGGGGCAGCUAGGCCAAGUAGUGUACAGAGCACAUCACCAUACAUUGGGGUCAUAGUGAAAAUAUUUGAGCUUUUAGGGUGAUGGUUUAAUAUUUCUAGGUCUUUACACACACACACAUGAACUUUAAUGGCAUCUUAGUCCGUAGAGUUCA